GCGCCUAAGCGCUGCAGUCACGCUGCCCCGUAAUGACGUUUGCCUCCUGGAUGUUUUUUUUCCGCCGUUACUGAGUUUGGAUACCUGGGGGGACCAACAUCCAGCAAACCCUCUCCGGUCGCUCCGAAGCCCACAAAGCGCCGUGACAACUCUUCGCCGUGAAGUCAAGCUCCGUGUCCACCGGGCGAUCCCGACGGAAGUGGUGACCUUGCCUUCCUGACGCCCUGCUCCUCCUGCAUUACCCCCCCUCCCCCCCCGCACCACCACCCGCUGUCCUGAUCGGGUCUCGGUGCUGCCGGCGGUGGAUUGGAGCUCUCUGAUUGGAGGAUUUGCGAGGUGGUUUUUCGGUCUGGCGCCGCCUCCCCCCGGGGCCGGCGUGCGCUCCCAGCAGCCCGUGGUGCCCUGCGCCCCCCCCUCGCCGUCACUGCACACCAGAGCCCAUGUCCAAGGAGGAGGCGCGGUGCGUCCGCCAGGAGCCAUGUGCCUCCCUCACACCAACAUCAUGGACAACAAGUUACAGGGGGUGGGGCAAGGGGGAGGAGCUGCACUUCGACCACGGGAAGGAGGCGUCCCACUGGAGCCCUUCGUACACCAGGUGGGAGGUCACACCAGUAUGAUGCGUUACGACGACCACACAGUGUGCAAGCCUCUGAUCAGCAGAGAGCAGCGCUUCUACGAGUCUCUGCCUCCCGAUAUGAAAGAGUUCACUCCGGAGUAUAAAGGCGUGGUGCUGGUUUGUUUCGAGGGCGACUCGGACGGCUACAUCAACCUGGUGGCCUACCCCUACGUGGAGAGCAACAUGGAGGGGGGCCCGGCGGAGCACGAGGAGCGCGACCCCCCCGAGCGGGAGCAGCCGAGGAGGAAACACUCCCGGCGCAGCCUCCAUCGCUCCUCCUCCUCGUCCGAGAACAAGGAGGAGCGCCCCGACAGGAGGGAGUCGCACGACGCCGACGCUUCUGAUAACCUCGCGGAGCUGAAGAGUCCGAGGCUCGACCCCAAGAUCCACUCGGACGUUCCCUUCCAGAUGUUGGACUGGAACAGCGGUCUGAGCUCAGAGAAGAUCAGCCACAACCCCUGGAGCCUGCGCUGCCACAAGCAGCAGCUCAGCCGCAUGAGGUCCGAAUCCAAGGACCGCAAACUCUUCAAACCAGAGUUUCUGUUGCUGGAGAACGUGGUCCACCACUUCUCGUACCCCUGCAUCCUGGACCUGAAGAUGGGCACCAGGCAGCACGGCGACGACGCCUCCGAGGAGAAGGCGGCCAGGCAGAUGAAGAAAUGUGAACAGAGCACGUCAGCGUCGCUGGGAGUCCGAGUGUGUGGCAUGCAGGUGUACCAGCUGAACACCGGUCACUACCUCUGCAGGAACAAGUACUACGGCCGCGGCCUGUCGAGCGAGGGCUUCCGCCAGGCCCUCCAGCAGUACAUGCACAACGGGAAGGGUCUGAGGCAGGACCUCUUUGAGCCCAUCCUGAAUAAGCUCCGCAGCCUGAAGGCGGUGCUGGAGAGUCAGGCGUCCUAUCGCUUCUACUCGUCCUCACUGCUCAUCAUCUACGAGGGAAAGGAACCUGAGAGCCUCAGCUCUGGGCAGCAUGCAGCCUUCCACCAGAAGACCCCCGCAGAGCCCCAUCGUGGCCCCGCCCCCAACGCACCUCCGGCCCCAGACGCUCUCUGUGAAACGGACUUGAGCCAGAACCCAGACCCCGGGCCACUGCCCCCUCAGGGACCCGGACUGACGGCUAAGCCCUCCCCACCCCCUCGUCCUCCCCCGCAGGCCCCGCCCACCAAGUCAGACUGCUACUCCUUCCGCCCGCCUCUCCCCUCACAUCACCCACAUCCAGACUCCUCCUCCUCCUCCUCCACCUCCCCGGCUCCCGGCUCAGUUUCCUCCCCCCCUCUUCCUCCUCCCCGCACCCGCACCCGGCCCAAACAGCCCCCCCUGGUGGACGUGCGUAUGAUCGACUUCGCCCACUCCACCUUCAAGGGUUUCCGCGGCGACACAGCCGUGCACGACGGGCCGGACCAGGGCUACGUGUUCGGACUGGAGAGCCUGGUCCAGAUCCUGGAGAGUCUGCAGGACGACAACUUGCCGUAGCUGCGAACACAAACACACACACACACACACACACACACACACACACACACACACAGAGCUUGUUGUUAGUUCAGGUCGUGCCGCAGCGUUCUCAAGCACUUAGACGGUUUGGCUGUAAAUAUGGAAGGAGGUUAUUUCGGACGUCACCAUGGCAACGUGGGCAUUCUACAGUCGAGUAGUUACUAUAGCAACAUCCAGACGGUGGGAGUGUGGAGCUGAAAUGACUGAAACUUCCGAGCUGAUAUGGAGAACUUCUGUCUGUUUGAGGCUCUGCAAAACACACACACACACACACACACACACAUUUGUACCGCAUGGACAUCAUGCAUUACCCAGCCCCGAACCUUAACCCUUGAAGUCCCCCCUCACUCGCAAUUAUAUUUAGCUUUUUUUAUUUCUUUAUCUAGAUGUUUGAGCUUCACUCUGCAGAAUGUUUGAGUUUCACAAUAAAAGGACGUUUGUCUCCUCCAAUCGGAGUUAAAGACGAGCGUCUCGGCUUGUUCGGAUGCCAUUCCUGGUCCAAUGAAAGGAAGCCGGGACCGGUAGUAAAUGUAAUUUACAGAAUUUUAUUAUUAAAAAUAGACGCAAACUAAUAUUCAAAAUGGACAAUUUUCAUCUUGGAAUGUGUCCGGAGGGGAAAGUGAAGCUCGAACAUCCAGGUCGAAAUAAGAAUCAGCAAAACACACACGAGUGGAAGCUUCUUUCACCAAGUGAGACUUUGAAGGAUGUGAGGACCAGCAGCAAGUGUCAUCACCCCCAAGUUCCCUAAACUCCAAUUGAUCCUGAACAAGAUGGACAAAAAGGAGCGCACGCACACACACACACACACACCGGGGAACAGUUGUCUGGAGCUGUUUAACAGCACACCGUGACAGAGCGUCCUCUCUGAAACUACCAAUCAGCUGGUUCCCGGGGGCCGGCCAACACUCACUCAACCCCCUCACCCCCUCACUCCCUCACUCCCCUUUUCUCCUCAGAAAACCCAUCCUGGACAGGUGAACAUGACUCUUUUAGCGUUACCUCUGCAACGCACUCAGAAACGCAUCCAAGCAAUAGAUGGACGAUGAUAGACGGCGACUUCCUUCUUCUUCUUCUUCUUCUUCUUCUUCUUCUUCUUCUUCUUCUUUUUCCGGCAGUGCAGAGGGCGGCUUUGCCUGCAGGGAGAACGGCAAUACAGUGCAACGUAGAAGUAAAGUAGGCUUUAAGGAGGGAACAUAACCGCUGUGUUUCCGUUAGUAGUCGGUGUCCUGUGAAAUCAUCCUCUGGGUUACUGUGUAAAGCAUACGUGUCACUUUCCCCAAAUCUGGUCUGCUGAUAUUUUUCUUUAUAGUUAACAAAUCCCAUUUAAAAAAAAAAAAAAAAAACUUUAAAAAAAACACUCUAUUUACAAGUAUUAUCUGUGUAUCCAGAGCCUGAUAUAUCUCCGUCCUCUGUGCCAUAGAGCUCCAUUGUUGUCUAAAACUAUUAAAAACACAUCGACGUGUUGCCCUGGG